GUUCCCUGCAACAGCUGCCUCGAUCCACCACAGGAGUCGGCGGAACUGAGCCCAGUGGAGAACGACAGACAGCCGGUUUGUCACGCAUUGCCACAGCACCGAACCAUCAGGCCAAACGCAGAUCGCCUAGGACGACAUAUCUAUACAUUCAUGACCGGACAAGGAUUACGUUGCGAAGAAGAUAACAGCACGGAAGAGAGAGAACGGAUUAUACGCAGGACUGUCGGGUUUUAGGAGUGCCCCUGGCCACCAUGGAUAAAACUUUGCAUAUCUUGCAGAAACCGACAGCCUCAACCGAUAAGGUCCUGGACGGUGGAACGGGACUCGCUCUGGAUAUGAGUAUGAGGGACCGGGAAUUCACGGAACAAUCGAUUAGACUUACCGAUAAAAUCCCGUUAGUGAAGCCCUAUUUCAAAAAGAAAAAAGGACAGAGGAAACUGGACUCAAAAUGCCUCCGUGCGCUCCAGGACCCUAUCCUGACCACAUUACUGAGUACAGAUGCACUUGUUACUGGAGACGGGGUGUUUGUUCCCCGGAACCCUCCGGCAAGGACAGCGGGGAACCUGUGCACUGCGGCGGUGGUCAAACAGGCACGGAUUGGUGGGCCUGUGUGCCUGAAAGACUCGGGAGCAACCGGUGUAACGGCUAUGAUUACCGGCGACACGGACACAGAAAUGGCGGACACCGCCGCCGAGUUGGAGGAGACCGAGAGUGGGGUAACCAAGGUGCCGGUAGAUCUCCAGCGCGUGACAAUAGACACUAACGAGCGCAGAUUCCAGCUCAAAUGUACCCCUCGGGCACGCGACGUGGUGGCGGCACCCCCCACACCAGAUACCCCUCUAGUAACCCCUCCAAGCCAGGGGGGCAACACGAUGUCUGACCUCUUCGCCUCUAAAGCCUUGCGGGGGCCAGAUUGUCUCACCAUCAAAUACAGUAUGAACACCCCCAGUCUUCAGGCCGACAAAAGCGAGAUAUUUCAGGAUAAAAGCGAAGAGGCCUCCCUGGAUCUAGUUUUUGAACUGCUAACCCAGCUCCAGUACCACACACACCAAGCCGACGCGGUUUCGAUCUGCGUGGAUUUCCUGCAGGGAUUGUGUGUGUACGGGAGUGACUGUGCUUACCACCAUACUGUGCUGCCCUACCACUGGCAGAUCCGCAGGAGUGAUACUCAAAACUGGCAAAGCGUGGCGGAUGAUUCGCAGGAACAGUUGGAGAGGCUUUACUGCAAUCCGGAUCAUGAUCAAAUCAGGCUAAAAUUUCAGGGUCGUGUGUUUUCCUUAGAUUUCAGUGCCAUGCGUGUAUGUGACCUGGAGUUCGACCGCGUCAGACGGUUGACCACUCCCUCCAGCCCUGCUGCCCCGCCCCUAAACACAAACCCCGCCCCUAACUGCCACACAGUGUGGAAAUACUACUGCAGAGACAACUUCGGCUGGAGAGAAUACUCUGAGCCGGUGGUUCGUCUGAUAGAGGAGGCUAGUGGUCGUGGUCUGAAGGAGGUCCGUUUCAUCACCCUCCAGAACCAGUACAUCCUCAACAUCAGAGAGGGCUUCCAGCAGAACGCCGUGUUCGGCUUCAGACGCCAGAUCAAGAAACGACCGCUCUUCCUCUCCUCCGUUGUCCUCGCGCCACAUCUACAGACUCUCGGUGGCCUCUGCUCCUCCUCCUCCUCCUCCUCCUCCUCCACUCUGGAUCUGUCCGUGUCUCUCCCUCUCUCUCCCACCUUCACCAACCCUCCCAGCGUAUUCCCAGAGACCUGGUUACCCAUGACGACCAGCCAGGACUUCCUGCAGGUUCCGGUAUCCCGUGACGACCGGAGCUAUCGGACCGUCUACACCCUCUUCCACAAGACCGUGUCCGAAACCAAGUUCCGCAUCCUGAAGAUCCUCCGCGUCCAGAACCCCUUCCUCUGGGAGAAAUACAAGCGGAAGAAGGAGUACAUGUCUCGUCGUCUCUCGGAGAUGGACAGGAUGCUGAGCGAGCGCCACCUGUUUCACGGCACAUCCACUGAGGUGGUGGAGGGCAUCUGCAAACACAACUUUGACCCGCGUGUCAGUGGCAAACACGCCACCAUGUUCGGACAAGGCUCCUACUUCGCCCGCAAGGCCGUCUACUCCCACAACUUCUCCAAGCGCUCGCCUAAAGGGGUCCACUGCAUGUUCCUGGCCAAAGUCCUCACUGGCAGGUUUACAGUGGGGAACCCCUCCAUGCGGCGGCCGCCCCCACUCAGCCCCCGGGACCCCUCCAGUGACCUGUACGACUCCUGUGUAGACAACUGGGUGGACCCUCAGAUCUAUGUUAUCUUCAAUGAUGACCAGAGCUACCCCUACUUUAUCAUCCAGUACGAAGAGGUUCCCAGUACUGUGGCUAUCUGACAUUAUAGCAGACAGAACCAAACCCAGUUCUGUGGCUAUCUGACAUUAUAGCAGACAGAACCAAACCCAGUACUGUGGCUAUCUGACAUUAUAGCAGACAGAACCAAACCCAGUACUGUGGCUAUCUGACAUUAUAGCAGACAGAACCAAACCCAGUUCUGUGGCUAUCUGACAUUAUAGCAGACAGAACCAAACCCAGUACUGUGGCUAUCUGACAUUAUAGCAGACAGAACCAAACCCAGUAACGUGGCUAUCUGACAUUAUAGCAGACAGAACCAAACCCAGUACUGUGGCUAUCUGACAUUAUAGCAGACAGAACCAAACCCAGUAACGUGGCUAUCUGACAUUAUAGCAGACAGAACCAAACCCAGUACUGAGGCUAUCUGACAUUUAUAGCAUACAGAACCAAACCCAGUACUGUGGCUAUCUGACAUUAUAUCAGACAGAACCAAACCCAGUACUGUGGCUAUCUGACAUUAUAGCAGACAGAACCAAACCCAGUUCUGUGGCUAUCUGACAUUAUAGCAGACAGAACCAAACCCAGUACUGUGGCUAUCUGACAUUAUAGCAGACAGAACCAAACCCAGUACUGUGGCUAUCUGACAUUAUAGCAGACAGAACCAAACCCAGUACUGUGGCGAUCUGACAUUAUAGCAGACAGAACCAAACCCAGUACUGUGGCUAUAUGAGAACAGACCGAACCAAACCAGAGCUACCCCAUACUUCAUCAUCAGUAUGAAGAGUUAACCAGUACUGUCAACAUCUGAGACCUAUUGGUUACUCCCAUCGUCCACAGCAGCUUCCGUCUGUAUGCUGUUGGUUUGAAGCCCUUAAACUGGGCAGUGGAUGGCGUUUCAUUUGGACCCAAUGCUGUGUGAAUGGAUAUUUGCCUUGGUGUUUGCCAUUUUGGAUCCCCAUCGGGACUGAACAGUGGACAGUGUCACUGAGACUCAAUGCUGGAGUAACCACAUAACGUUUCUGUUUAAAACCUAACCCCCUACGACCCCCAUCUCUCUCUCUAAGACCACUCUCUCUCUGAGGGAAGAUAUGUUUGCCGAGAUGAUAAGCUGUACAUACGUUCUCCUUGUUUAUAUUUGAACUGUGUGCCUUUUGUUCAUAAAUGUUUAUUUAUGUUUGUUAAUGUAACAUUGAGUAAAUAAAGAAUCUUAAAGAGAAAAUCA